CCGGGCGCGUGCGCAGCGCCGGGUCCUCCGCCGCACGGGCUUGGGCUGCUCUCGCUCCUCCUCCGGCUGCCCACCCCCUCAGCCCGCCGCGGCCCGGUCCCAACGGGUGGGUCCCCCAACACGGCCGUCCAUGCCACACGCUCCCCGGGCGGGCGGAGUGUACACUCGCAGCACGUGCUCUAGCCAUGGCGACGGAUCAAGUGAAUGCGCUGUGCGAGGAGCUGGUGAAAGCGGUCACGGUCAUGAUGGACCCCACCUCCACCCAGCGCUACCGGCUGGAAGCCCUCAAGUUUUGUGAAGAAUUUAAAGAAAAAUGUCCUAUCUGUGUUCCCUGUGGCUUGAAGCUGGCUGAGAAAACUCAAAUUGCCAUUGUCAGACAUUUUGGUCUUCAGAUACUGGAACAUGUUGUCAAGUUUCGGUGGAACACCAUGUCUCGGUUGGAGAAGGUCUACCUGAAGAACAGUGUCAUGGAGCUGAUUACAGAUGGGACAUUGAGCAUUUUGGAAGAGGAGAACCACAUUAAAGAUGUCCUAUCUCGGAUUGUGGUAGAGAUGAUCAAGCGAGAGUGGCCACAGCACUGGCCUGACAUGCUUGUGGAAUUGGACGCCCUCUCGAGGCAAGGGGAAACACAGACAGAAUUAGUGAUGUUCAUUCUUCUGCGACUGGCAGAGGAUGUAGUGACCUUUCAGACACUUCCCCCUCAACGAAGAAGGGAUAUUCAGCAAGCAUUAACCCAGAACAUGGAAAAGAUCUUCAGCUUUCUGCUUACCACACUUCAGGAAAAUGUGAACAAGUACCAACAAAUGAAGACUGAUGCCUCUCAGGAGUCCAAGGCUCAAGCACACUGUCGAGUAGGAACGGCAGCACUGAGUACUCUGGCAGGCUACAUUGACUGGGUAUCCAUGGUUCACAUCACCACCGAAAACUGUAAGCUCCUGGAGGUGCUAUGCUUGCUUCUGAGUGAACAAGAGCUUCAGUUGGGAGCUGCUGAGUGUCUACUCAUUGCAGUCAGCAGAAAAGGCAAAUUGGAAGACCGGAAGCCCUUGAUGGUCUUAUUUGGAGAUGUUGCCAUGCAUUACAUACUCUCUGCUGCACAGACUGCUGAUGGAGGAGGCUUGGUAGAAAAACAGUACGUCUUUCUGAAGAGACUCUGUCAGGUGUUGUGUGCACUGGGCAGUCAGCUGUGUGCACUGCUGGGCGCAGAUUCUGAUACAGAAACACCAGCAAACUUUGGAAAAUAUCUGGAAUCUUUUCUUGCUUUCACAACCCACCCGAGUCAGUUUCUGCGCUCUUCGACACAGAUGACCUGGGGAGCGUUGUUCAGGCAUGAAACCCUCUCUCGUGAUCCUGUGCUGUUAGCAAUAAUACCAAAAUACCUUCGUGCUUCUAUGACUAACUUGGUUAAGAUGGGCUUUCCUUCCAAGACAGAUAAUCCCAGCUGUGAAUAUUCUCGCUUUGAUUUUGAUAGUGACGAGGACUUCAAUGCUUUCUUUAACUCUUCUCGAGCCCAGCAAGGAGAGGUGAUGAGGUUGGCCUGUCGUUUGGAUCCCAAAACCAGCUUCCAGAUGGCGGGGGAGUGGCUGAAGUACCAGCUUUCAACUUCUGCUGAAUCUGGGUCCAUGAACUCUGGAAUUGGAGAGGGAAGCCUUUGCUCCAUCUUCUCACCUUCAUUUGUGCAGUGGGAAGCUAUGACCUUUUUUCUGGAGAGUGUGAUUAACCAGAUGUUCAGAACAGUAGACAAAGAAGGGAUUCCUGUCAGUGAUGGCAUAGAGCUCUUGCACAUGGUCCUGAACUUUGACGUGAAGGACCCGCUCAUCCUGUCCUGCGUCCUCACUAAUGUCUCAGCACUCUUCCCAUUUGUCACUUACAAACCGGAGUUCCUACCCCAGGUCUUCUCAAAGCUAUUUUCAUCUGUCACUUUUGAAACCGUUGAAGAAAACAAGGCCCCCAGAACCCGGGCAGUGAGGAACGUGAGAAGACAUGCUUGUUCCUCCAUCAUCAAGAUGUGUCGUGACUACCCUGAGCUCGUGCUGCCCAAUUUUGACAUGCUUUAUAACCAUGUGAAGCAACUGCUCUCCAAUGAGCUCCUCCUGACCCAGAUGGAGAAGUGCGCCCUCAUGGAAGCCCUGGUUCUCAUCAGCAACCAGUUCAAGAACUACGAGCGGCAGAAGUUGUUCCUAGAGGAGCUGAUGGCACCCGUGGCCAGUAUCUGGCUUUCGGAGGAAAUGCGAAGAGCACUGUUGGAUGUUGAUGCUUUCAUUGCCUACGUGGGUGCAGAUCUGAAAAGCUGCGACCCAGCCCAGGAGGAUCCCUGUGGCUUGAACCGAGCGCGAAUGAGCUUUUGUGUCUACAGUAUUUUGGGUGUUAUAAAACGAACUUGCUGGCCUGCCGAUCUAGAAGAGGCCAAAGCUGGGGGAUUUGUGGUGGGUUAUACCCCAAGUGGCAAUCCAAUCUUCCGCAACCCCUGCACAGAGCAGAUUCUAAAACUUCUAGACAAUCUGCUUGCCCUUGUAAGAACCCACAACUCAUUGUACGCGCCAGAAAUGUUAGCCAAAAUGGCAGAGCCUUUUGCUAAGGCUCUAGAUAUGCUUGAAGCUGAAAAAUCUGCCAUAUUAGGAUUACCUCAGCCUCUCCUGGAACUCAAUGACUAUCCUGUCUACAAAACAGUCUUGGAAAGAAUGCAGCGCUUCUUCAGCACUCUUUAUGAAAACUGUUUCCAUAUUCUGGGGAAGGCAGGCCCUUCCAUGCAGCAAGACUUCUACACCGUGGAGGACCUUGCAACCCAGCUGCUCGGCUCAGCCUUCAUCAACCUGAACAAUAUUCCCGACUACCGGCUCAGACCCAUGCUUCGGGUCUUUGUGAAGCCUCUUGUGCUCUCCUGUCCGCCAGAGCACUAUGAAGCCCUGGUACCUCCCAUCCUUGGACCUCUUUUCACCUACCUCCACAUGAGACUUUCCCAGAAAUGGCAAGUCAUCAACCAGAGGAGCCAGCUGUGUGGAGAAGAGGAGAGCACAGAGGAAAAUCCAGAGUCUCAAGAGAUGCUGGAGGAACAGCUGGUGAGGAUGUUAACCCGAGAACUCAUGGACCUCAUGACGGUUUGCUGUAUAUCAAAGAAGAGUGCGGACCACAGCACAGCGCCCCCUGCAGAUGGGGAUGAUGAGGAGAUGAUGGCCACGGAGGUCACCCCUGCGCCCAUGGCGGAGCUCACAGAGCUGGGGAAAUGUCUGAUGAAGCAUGAGGAUGUGUGCACAGCAAUGUUAAUUACUGCCUUCAAUUCCCUGGCCUGGAAGGAUACUCUGUCCUGUCAGAGGACAACCACGCAGCUCUGCUGGCCUCUCCUCAAACAAGUGCUGACAGGGACCCUACUGGCAGAGGCCGUCACGUGGCUUUUCACCAGCGUGCUCAAAGGUUUACAGAUGCAUGGGCAGCAUGACGGGUGCAUGGCUUCCCUGGUCCACCUGGCCUUCCAGAUCUAUGAGACACUGCGCCCCAGGUACCUAGAGAUCAGAGCUGUGAUGGAGCAGAUUCCUGAAAUACAAAAGGAUGCUUUGGACCAGUUUGACUGCAAGCUCCUGAACCCCUCCUUGCAGAAAGCAGCUGACAAGCGACGGAAGGACCAUUUCAAACGCCUCAUUGCCGGUUGCAUUGGGAAACCCUUGGGAGAGCAGUUCCGAAAAGAAGUUCACAUUAAGAAUCUCCCCUCGCUUUUCAAAAAAGCAAAGCCAAUGCAGGAGACAGAGGUGCUGGACAGUGAGGGGGGCAGCCUGGCCGCCAUCUUUGAACCCUGAAUCAAGCUGUUGGGCAUCUUCCUCA